AUGUUAAAUGACGCUAAAGAGAUUAUGUACGCCAUCUGUGAUGGAAACGGCGAGGGGGAGACAAAAUUCACAAGGUCAACGUCAAACGUGAGCACGGAUGCUGAUUUGUCAGAUGUCUACGAACAGACGAUUAGCUACAGAAUGGUGGAGUCGAUGAUGUCAAACGGCGUCUAUAAUGCAAGUGGACUCUCUUUAAAGCAUGUCAGUCCAUUCCCAAACAGGUCCAGAUGGUGGAGCAGCGGAAGCAUCAGAUACGGGGGUAGACUACCAAAGCUGACUGAAGAAAUUAUAGAAAGGGCGUUCGUACCGGUGUACCGAUCAGAAGCUGACAACGUAUGUCCCAUAUGUCUGGACUCCCUGCUGUCUAAUUUGAUAUCGCUAAGUGGCUGUUCUCACGUCUACCACAGACCGUGUUUCAUAGAAUACGUCACCAAGACGAAGAUAAGACGGAUAAUAUGUCCCUUGUGCUCCUCAGUUUCGUUUAUUGGCAAAGGUCCAUCCCCUCCUGGAAAGAUGUCAUGGGCUGUGAAAAAGGACAUGGUAGUUCUAAACGACGGAGUCUUUGUGACUCUCAUAGAGAUAAAGUACAAGAUGAGGAGUGGAGUCCAAUUAAGGUGGCAUCCAAGUCCUGGCAGACCUUACAUGGGCACAGUUAAAAGAGCCUUUCUCCCUGUUACAGCCGAUUACAUUCUCAUCCUAAAGAUGCUGAUUGCUGCAUUUAUGGAUGGCCAGACGUUCAAGGUGGAACAAGCAAACGGUAAGAGCCACGGAAAGAUAAUCUGGAAUGGCAUUGAGCACAAGACAAGCGUGACUGGCGGGAUGGCGAAUGGUGGUUACCCUGAUAACGACUACAAGAAGCGAGUUACGGCAAAUAUAAUCUCUAAAGGGGUUACCUUUACCACUUUGUAUUAAAUUUGUACAUUAGGUC